GUCAACCACUGGACCUGCAAGCUACCCGACAUAACACGCACAAUCGCAUACACGUAAGCCCUCAAUGGGGCCGACAGAUCCCUGGCAAAGCAUUCUGGCUCGUGAUUGCAAGCGUGCGUCUCCUUUCGCGCGCACGCGACUCUAAGCCCAUACGGUCGUCAUGUUGGUGCACAAGGCGAUGAGCUCUGCGUCUGCUCGCCGCCUCGGCCGCGCAGCCACCAGGCGUCGCCUCCUCUUCUGCAGCGAGAGCGAGGCCAGCGCUGUGGGGCACUCUGGCAGUGAUGCCGAGAAGAAGCGAUUGCGGAUCAUGGUGGCCGUCGGUGGAAAUGCGUUGAUUCGCCGCGGCGAGCGAUUGACUAUAGAAAACCAGCUCAAGGCCGCUCGAUGUGAUGCUGCGCCGACGAUCAAGGGCCUCAUGGAGGAUCACGAGGUUGUGCUGACACAUGGGAACGGUCCACAAGUGGGCGAAUUGGCGCUCGAGCGAUCGGCUGCUACUUUCGAUGUGCUCGGUGCCGAGUCGCAGGGGCAGAUCGGAUACAUCUUCAGCCAAGCUUUCGCAAGCAUCAACGUGGUAGCCGUGCCCAUGCUGACUCAGGUCAUCGUCGACCCCGCGGACCCGGCCUUCUCGAAUCCCACGAAGUUUGUCGGACCCGUGUACGGCGCUAAGGAAGCUGAGGCGUUGAGGCAGGCAUUGGGAUGGACCGUGAAGCAAGAUGGGGAAUACUACCGCCGCGUAGUGCCAUCGCCGCCCCCGCUAGAGAUACUGCAAAUCGAUGCUGUGCGGACGUUGCUGAAGACUCAGACGCCAACUGGGCCGCUGCCAAUAGUGUGUGGUGGUGGGGGCGUGCCCGUGACGCGCAUGGGCAGCGCGUUUGCAAACAUACCUUCAGGUGCUUUUGAGGGGUUGGAAGCAGUCAUCGACAAAGACCACUGCGCUUCCUUGGCAUCCCUUCAGCUCGAAGCCGACGCCCUCAUCAUCCUGACCGAUGGCGGCGGCAUCUGGGAGAAUUUCGGAAAGCCGCAUGCGCGCGAGAUGAAGAUGGCAUCGGCCUCGUACCUCAGAAGCGUGCAAGCGGGUGCGCAGUUUCCUGGCUCCAUGGGCCCGAAGAUCGAGGCCGCCGUGUCGUUUGUGGAGCAGUCGCCCAAGCCAGACGCCUGGGCUGCCCUCGGGGACCUGAAGGACGCCCAGGAGAUGUUCGGGAACACUGAGGGCACCAUGAUCAAGAAGGAGGUCCCCGGCGACGUCGUCUGGCACGAGCCGAACCGGAAGCGGGAGGCCAGGGGGACACAGAAGCCGAGCCGCGUGCCCAGGGACCCGUGAGCGCACCCACGCGGGAGACCGGCAGGGGUGGGCAGAGGAGAGCGCAGACGGGCGAUGAAAACCAAAGGAGUACAGCUUUCGAUGCGAUCCUCCUCUGAUCGUCCUUCUGCGCCCCCCCCCCCCAAUGUGUUCACACGCCGGAAAUGUUAUUUGACAGGCGUUCGGGCCUUGGCCAUGUUGGUGGAGCCAUCUUGUUGUCAUGCGCCAGGCCCAGAUCUCACAGAUCUGAAGUGGUGUGCUCGUGCUCAUUUCGGCAACGUGUACAUCCUUUGGCGCGAAGUGAUUGCACAAUCUACAAAUCGCACAGUGCGCAAUCCCAAUUUCAAUGAUACCGCCAUCUUUGCACUACUGGAUGUUGUGAGCGGCCGAUGUGGAGCAUCGGUCCCAAGUUGCCACGUGGCUGGAGCAGCUGAUUAAAAUCCAGGCCCGAUGCCAUUGUACAGCCCUAGAACGGAGUUCGCUACACGCAUCCAAAUUUCCAAAAUCGGUGGGUGUGCGAACGUACAGCUUCGACACGCAUGUGGUCGUGCAGUUCGAGCGCAUGUUUCACUCGCUGCCGUGCCGGGCGUUAUGGGG